CAGAACCCUGACAUCUUUGAAGCCAGGCUCAAUGCUCUCAUCAUUGUUUGUGCUAAGGGUUCUUUAGGAAACAGAGUAAAGGAGGUGAGCUUCUUCCAAAAUUUUAGCUCAGGACUUAAGGGUAGAUUCAAACCUUAAUAUGCCAUCCAGGUUUUACUUAAGAAACAUUAAAGCAAACUCCUUAAAGUAGCUCCUCCAACCCAACUCCAGAAAGGUUAUCUUGGCAAUUUUGGAUCAAUAGCAAUUAAAAUUCAACCUCAGAACUGGAAAGAACAAACACUAAAUGUAAACACCACGGGUCAAGUUCUUGGUAAAUAUUUUCCUUCUCUCUCUACCCAGCUUUUUUGUUUUUUUGAAAAUGAGGACAUACCAGUUCCAACUUGACUUGUCACAGGCUCCUAAUUCAUUGUGGGGUUCAUGACAGUAUUCUUGUGUUUUACAAGGUUGUUGGAGCCAGUGCGGGUCCUUUGGGUAUUGACCACAAAUGCCCUGCACCUGUCAGAUCUGAGUUGUUACCACUGUAUAUAUUUCAUGCCAGUGAAGAUGGGUGGGAUAAGAAUACAUGGUGCAUAACUUCGGGCUAUGUGGUGUUUGCCAAAUGUGUCUUCUACCCUCAAAAAUAUUCUCUGAACUGCUGAUCAUUAGCAGAGCUAGUGAUCCAUUUCUUAAGCUACUCACUUCCUGCAGGCCACUUCCCUAUCCAUGCAGAGCAACACAGUGCCACACUGUCAAUAGUUCAAUCUGAGCCUUUCCUCCAGGGCCCGGAAAGCCCCAACACCUAGGGGAACUGCGAGGGUGCAGGGCCCGUGGAGAGGCCCGCGGGGGUCACAGGGUGUCGCCGAAUACAGUCCGGCAGGCAUGUCAUGUAGCAGCCUUAAAUAAAUCAUAGAGCCCGACACCCUUUCCAUCCUUCCGUGGGAUUUAUCUCCUCUUCCGCGUCUUAUCUCCAAGAGGUAAAGUCCCUUAGAGAAAAACAAUAGUGGACGGUUCAGCCUCAGCCGAGAAGGGUGGGUUGAGCCUAAGGUCACCCUAGUCUCGCCUGCUGGGACCGGAAAGCGGAGGGUGCCGUGGCAGCUGCGGUUGGCUGCAGCCGCCUGGGAUUCCGCCUGACCGGAAGUGCCCCGCGUCGCUAUGGCUACAGGCGCGGAUGCUCUAGGCGCCGCCGGGAGCGUUCCGUUCCCAUAGCAACCCCAUUAUCUCGGAGCCAGAACCAGGGCGGCAGGCUCCAGGGGCCGAAGAACCUGAGCGUCUGGCUUCCGCAAGGCAACCCUGCGGUGCCUUUAACGAGGCCCGCCAAGGUCAGGACGCUGAAGCCGCCCGAGGAAGCCGACCUGCCGGGCUGAGGGAGCCGGGAAGGCUAGCUCCGGGCCGUGGCUCUUCUGCCCUCGGCCAGGAAUAAGAUGCGAGCCAGUCCCAUCCGCAUCCCAACUGUCAGCAGUGACACCGACUGGGAUUUCUGCUUCCAUCUGUCACAGCAAACCAAGACCCCAGCACAUGAGCGAACAGAUGAGCUGUAUUCCACCAGUGGGUCUGGAGAGAGCGAAGAAGACAACGCUAGAGCCAAGAAGGAGAAGGACAUAGGCCCUAUGUCUCUUCCCAAAGAGAAACUGGCCCAAUCAAAGAAAAUAGCUCAGCUGAUCAAGGGAAAAAUGAACAUCCAAGCGAACAAGGAGCUGAUUCGCUGCGUCAUCCUUUCUCGGAUCAUUUUUGGGGAAGAACACUGGAAAUGCGCACAGGCGUUGGCCAGCCUGGCUUAUGGCUACCUGACACUGAGAGGCCUCCCAGCUCAGGCCAAGAAACAUGCUGAGUCCGCCAAGAACACACUGCUGACCUGGAAGGGAAACACGGCCUUGGACAAGGAAAAGGAGGAAAUUCUGGAAGCGCUGGUCAUGCUCUACUACACUCUGGGGGUGGCCUGGCUCCUGCAGCGCCAUGGCAGAGAGGCUUAUUUCAACCUGCAGCAGUCAGAGAGAAACAUGAAGGAGCUGAAAGAAUCGUAUAAGGGAGGUGUCGGUGGGUUACAGGUCUCAGAGAAAGACCUAACAGUUGCUUUGGGCAGAGCCUCCUUGGCCAACGGCUGGUUAAACCUAGCUCUGACAUACUUUGAAAAGGCAAUUGGCAACGUUAUUGCUGCUAAGGGGGAUAGGACGUCAGAUCUGGUCAGUCUUUAUGAGGAAAUUGCCCAGAUCGAGCAGCUGAGGCGGAACCAUGACCAGGCCAUCCAGUACUUGCAGCGGGCCCAUUCUAUCUGCGUUUCUUUGUUUACUGAAGUCAGCCCCCAAGCUGCGCGGGCAAGCACCUUACUAGCCAAGGCUUACGCCAUGUCUGGAGAAGCCCAACACAGGGAUGCUGUUGAAAUAUAUUUUUUAAAAAGUAUCACUGCAUAUCAAACACCAUUGGGCCCAGAGGAUUAUGAAACACUGAACACCAUUGAAGAAUUUUGCAAAUGGCUUAUCCAAAAUGGGGAAAAACUGGAGGCUUACAGAUUGCUAAAGGCUUCACUGAAGUCUCAAGUCAUCCACUAUGGGGACUAUCGUGAAAAAGUGGCUGAAACGUUUUAUAACAUGAGCAGCAUCCACUUUGCCAAAGGAGAGCUCAAAAAAGCAAUUCAGCUGCUAAGGAAGUGCCUGAUGAUUCGAAUCCUUAUAUAUGGAAAUGAGCACAGUGAAAGCCGAAAUACAAAACUCUCCUUUCCCUAAGGCAGAGGUGAGUUCUGACCCUGGCCAUCAACCAGGUCUUCAGUGUGGACAUAAGAUAGAUGGUCACUCCCUGGUUUAUUCAUUUAGUGGUGAUUCACCUCUCUUAUUCUUGCUAGUAAGGCAGAAUGCCAACCUAUACUGUGGAUUUGGCCAAAUCCUUUACUGUAUCUAGUUAAUUUCAAGUACUCUCUCAGAACCCAGUGUGAUAGGGGUUUGCUGCAACAAUAUUUAGUACUGAUAUCUCUUUCAAUGCUGAGCAUUUAUAACCAAAUUCUGCAAGACAGUGUCUCAGCUAACAGCUUAUAAUAGAUACAAUAUGGCUGAUAACAAUGUAAGUGAAUAUAUUAAACUUAUUUUUCUUGCUGAAUGUAAAAUCAAAGUCCCUAAACAUAAGGAAAGUUUGAGAGGGAAAUUGUUGUCUCCAAAGUUAAUAAUAAAGAAUCUCUGCAGAUUUGUUUUUAAAAAUGUUUUGUAUUUCAGCCAAGAGAGUGUUUGGUACAGACCUGCUCCUUUCUUUAUUCUUGGCAUAUCAUUGCUGUUUGCUCAUCUCAGAAUAAUGUUUAUCCUACAGUGUUCUUUUGUUGAAUAUAUACUGACCUCGUAAAACUGAGCUGGGUCCUAUUCAUAAAGUUUUUAAUCCUCACAAAUACCCUACAUGCUAGUUUUCAUUUGACAGAAGGGAGCCUACUAUUCUGUAAAGGAACAUGCCUGAAUUCACUUAAGUCUUAGAGGUUUGGACUCAAGCAUGUGUGAUCUAAAGGCCAUGUGCCUCCUCCUAGAGCCCUCUAACAAAGACGGCAGGCAUCAUUAUGGCGUGAGAGUUAGGACCCUGAUUGCAUUUCACUGGAGGUGGCUCACAAGUGGAACUUUCUCACUGGGCUGGGCAGGUGGGGUACAAGAUGGGCAUAGAGAAUACAUUUAGCCCGUCCUUGUCCCCACCUACCUCAGUCAGAGCCACACCUAAAAGAGGCCGAGUGGAAGACUGUCUCCUGUUUCACCUUAUCCAGGAGAGCACUUCUCUAGCGUCUCUCAGUGAUGCCCACAGCAGGAGGGUCUAUGGGGAGCUUUGCCUCCUGCCUGCUGGUGUAUUUAAAAGUAUAUUUCCUUAGUCAGUAGCCAUAGCAAAAUUAAUAGCAACUAUAAUGUAGAACUCCUUCCAAUUCCCUGGCAUUGUAAAAUACAUAUACUAUUUAUUUCUGAUUUAUAAAUAACCCUGUUGUGUAGGUGUUUUUAUCUUUCCUGGGCAGGUGAUGAAAAUGAGGCUCAGAAAGUUUGAAUAUCUUAUUUAAAAUCAUCUAGCUGAUAAGUGUGAUUAGACUCGAACCGAGAUCUGUCUUAUUUCAAAAUAUGCACUGCCUUUCUCUAUAUAAUAGGGAUUCUGACUUUAAGGAGUUUGAGAAUACAUUUGGGGACACCUGUUCAGCAGGUCCACCUCCAGAGCCUCAUUUUACACAAGGGAAACUGAGAACGAAUAUGUUCAAGUUAAAUUACCCAGGGGGAGGUAGAGCUGGAAUUUGAAUCUGCUCUCUGUAGGCAAUGGAGCUUGCUCUCUGAAGGCAGACUGUCUGGAUUUUAUAUCCGGCUGUUAUCCUCAACUCUCUGACCCAGGCGAAGUGACUUAACCUCUCUCAGCCUCUAUUUAUUCAUCAAAAAGUGGAUUUUCUGAAAACUCAUGAGAUCAAAUAAUAAUACAGCACUUAAAUCAGGGCCUGACAGGUCUUAAGUAGUCAAUGAAUGUUGGCAUAAGAGUAAAAUAAUAAGAAUUAUCUUUCUGAGAUGCUGUAGAGAAUAGGUCAGAAUGUUUUGUAAGAAGCUUCUAUCACCCUAUUACUAUUUCACACUGAGUGAUAGGCAAAGAAUAUAUAUUACUGGAGUCAGCCCUGUCAACUUAACCUGCUUCUGACACUUACUAAGUAUGUGACCUUGGGAAAAUCACUGAACCUCUGAGCCUCG